AAUGUGUAAAUUUCCGGAUCCAAAUUCCGAUAUGCUUGGCCCGGUGCCCUUGCCCUCGUCGACGAUUGGGGCUCGCCGAUCUCCGAGGCCGUGCACGAUGCCGGCGCUAGCGACCCCACUGGGGUACGUGCAAUCGAGGAGGACGGAGACGUCAGCGAGGAAGCCGUGGCGACAGAAGGCGUGGAAGAGUCUUAAAAUCAAGUAGCAGAUCGGAGUUUGCCGGAGCGGCGAAACCUUAAAAACGUUCUACUAAGUCUGCGUACCAUCCGGAUACGACAGUUGAUGCUUCCAUUCCCCACUGGCUCUACAACUCGUCUCUUCCGGUUGGUUUGAGCUUCCCAUAUGUGGAAGAUCUUCUUCCCCAAGAAAGAAGCCCAAUGACACUCAGCUCGUCGUCUACAGAUUGCUUCUAUAAUAUCAAGAACUGACAACUGGAGAACUCAUAUUUCUCUUUGAUGAUCAAAUGGCUAAUGAAGAAGCAAGGAAUGAAGUUUUAGAGUCGGUAGAGAACAAACCGGAGGACAGACCGGAGAGAAAGGCGACAUUCAAAUGCCAAUAUUGUGAUCGCAUCUUCACAAGCUCGCAAGCAUUGGGUGGCCACCAAAAUGGCCAUCGAAGGGAACGAGAUGCCGCCAAGAUAGCUGAACAUGAAGCUGAGAUCUACGGCAUGCAUUCCCCACUCCUUCCCAUGUUUUCACCCCAAACUUUUCUUCGUGUAACUCCAUCAUCCACACACGCUAUUAGAAGCCAUUUCCGUCCAUGGAUCUACCCUCCUUAUUACCCAACACCUCAACAUUCUUAUCAUUUUCCUUCGAGGACCGAGCCACGGUAUUCUCUGCCACAAUUUUCCUCGGUUUCUCCUUAUGACCAUCAUUUGGCAAGAGAAGAGCAAUUGAGGUUUGUAAACUGGCAAAGGAAAUAUACUGGGAGUUAUGCUGGUCCCUCCGGGGCUAUGAAAGAAUCAAAUACCGAACAACUUAUGGUGCCAUCGCCCCAACUGAUGGUGCCAUCGCCCCCUGCAAGCUCAAGCCUCACAUUCCAGCAUGACAAUGAUGAGUUCAAGGGCGAGAUCGACCUUAACCUUCAUCUUUGAAUGGCCAACUAAAGGUGACUUUUGCUGAAGAACCACGAAUUGUUCAACAUGAACUCAGGAACAUGUUAGUCUCAUUUUUUUUAGUGGUUAUUUGAUCAUUGUUAUAGAUGUUGCGGAUUGAAAGAGCUUAAGUUCUAUCGUAUACGAGUUGCACAACAAGUUACGAUGGAUCU